CUUCUCCUCCGGAAAAACACGACCGCAUUGCAUUGUGGUAUACGGGAGUAAUAUGUAUGGAACAUCGUAUGUACACUAACAUUGUGCACUAUAUUAUAUACAUUACUACAUUGUGCAUGAAAUUAACCACUGAGAAUUCGAACACCACUACAGAAUGGCGAGCCCCCUAUAUAGUGCACUAUAUCCUGAUAGGGAACGAUUUCGAACACAGCUCAUGUAUAGGAUGUCUAUGGGUCAAUGCUCUAUGCACAGAAGCUCCCGCGAGGUUUUAAAGUCAUGUGACAUGUCGCAUAGGGAAGUUAUCGCCAGCAUUUCUGACUAUUUGAUCCUAGAAUGCAUUCUGUUAUGCGAGGCAACGCAAAUGAUCUGAAACUUCAUUCAGCUACCCGAUCCGUUUAGCCAAUACACUGUUCUUCCAUAUACCCAUAGAAAAAUAACAUUGUCGGCAUAGUCAACUAACGAGGUUGACAUCAGGAAUCUUGUUUUUUCUAGACGAAAUGAAUGGAAAUAAGCUACAAGAUGCUUUGAUCGCAGCUGCCCUUAAGCAUGCAGAUAGAGUAGCUGUCACAUUUGAUAUGGGCUCAGGUCCUGAGAAUUGCGUUUCGUUAUCAUACAAAGACGUGGUGGGCCAUGGAAAUGAAUUGUCUUCUUCUCUGCGGAAUGUAUGUCGCGAAAAUAAUGGCCUUAUUGGGCUGUAUGUUCAAAAUGACUUGUAUCUUCCUGUCUGGAUUUUCGGAAUUCUACAGUUACCAGCUGCCUAUGUGCCUCUUAAUCCAGAUGUCCCAGGAAUUCUGUCCGCUCGCAUAAUGAGCAUGUGUGAUCUGAAUUACUGCACUCUGCAGAGCAGUUUGUUUGAACAUUUCCAGAAGAAGUUCUCCAAACUGAUUACUGUGGAGGUAUGUGCUGUGUGGCCCGAUUACAACCUGACCCUUGUGAGAGUUCAGCCGCUGUCAUCAGCUGUCAUAUUGGACCUAGGGACACAGCAGGAAGGAACUUGGAGAGCUUGUGAAGGAUGGCCCCAUGCCUCGACAUAUCUUGCUGAUUACACCAAAAAAGGAGAUUUUGCAUAUGUGCUUCACACUUCGGGAACUACUGGGCUUCCAAAAAUUGUAAGGGUACCACACAAGUGCAUAGUACCCAAUAUACAGCAUCUCAGAUCUUUAUUCCAGAUUGGUGCAGAGGACUUGGUUUUUCUCGCAUCGCCGUUGACCUUUGACCCCUCGGUGGUAGAGAUUUUUCUUGCCUUGUCAUCAGGGGCUCGGCUGCUCAUUGCCCCCUCCGUCAUCAAGAAGGCGCCCAAUCGAUUGGCAAAACUGCUCUUCAAAGAUCACAAGACAACUGUCCUACAGGUUACGCCCACUUUGCUGGGACGUUUCGGCCACCGCACGCUCACAGAGGAGGUGUUGUCUGCAGGCUCUUCCUUACGGGUGCUGGCCCUCGGCGGGGAGGCCUGUCCCUCCCUAGGCCUGCUGCGGAGCUGGAGACAGGAAGGCAACAGGACUCAGAUGUACAACGUCUAUGGUAUCACAGAGGUGUCCUGCUGGGCCAGCUGUCACCAAGUCCCUGAGAGCCUGCUGAAGUCCAGCCAUCAAGCUGCGUCUUCCAUCCCAAUAGGAGCCCCUCUGCUGAACACCAGUGUGGAGGUCCGAGAUGAUUGGGGCUGUGUCAUAACGGCGGGCCAAGGGCAACUUUUUAUAGGUGGACAGGAAAGGGUAUGCCUCAUCGACGAUGAGUCCACGAUGGUCCCAGGAACGAUGCGAGCCACUGGGGACUGGGUCGAGAUGGAAGGCAAACAUCUCCACUACCUGGGACGGAGGGACAGGCUGGUAAAGCGAAACGGCCAACGCGUGAACUUGGACACAGUGCAACAAGUCAUGAUGAGUCUCCCUCAGGUGGAGUCAUGUGCCGUGGGUCUGUUCAAAGACUUACGACUGGUCGCCUUUGUCGUAGCGUCACCAUCCGUCCACCAGGUGGCAGCGACUCCUCUUCAGGCGGAGCUGAGCCUCUCCGUUCCCGGGGAUCAUGAGGGAGACAGGGGCUUCUUAGCAGACCUCCCAGAGGACGGGAGCAGAUCUGAGGCCCCAAUCAGAGUCCUUCACAGGGUUGUCCUACAGCAGCUAUCCCUGCUGGUUCCCAGUGCCAGCAUUCCAGACUCCUUGGUUCUAGUCCAGGCUCUGCCGCUAACUGCUCAUGGAAAGGUGGACAUGAAUGCACUGAUGAAGUUAUACCAACAACAGAGGGAACAUUUGGAGUCAGUCAAUUCAUUUGAGAAUAUGGCUAAACUCAAACAGAGACUCAUCUGUCUAUGGCAGGAUAGUUUAGGUCUUCCGGAAGAUGCAGUGGUUGAGGAUGACUCCCUCUUCCUGUUCAGUGGAGGUGACUCUCUGAAAGCCCUACGUCUCUGCGAUAACAUCAUAGCAACCGUCGGACUUGGCGUACCGGGACUUUUAGAAGCCAUACUUGAAGGGUCGUUCACAGAGGUGGUGUGCCUCAUUGCGAGGGCAACACGGCUCUCCCCCGCAGCUGACAACAUUCCAAAUGCACCCUCGGCUAGGAAACGUUCAGCAGACCAUCCUGCCUCUUCAACCAUGGUCAAGAGAGAACACACAGAAACGUAUUCAGCACCACAUCAUCUACAUGGACCAGUAGGUUCAACUGAUGGCAGACUUACUAAAGUACUGAGGAGGGCUGGUCAGGUACUGGAAAUGAAUGUGAGCAAUCCAGAGACCCUCAGCGGCUCUCACUGUAAAACGAUAUCGGCAAACAUCAAGAAUGAUUAUUCAGCCAAAGAUACUAGCGAGACGGGGAUCCAGCGGGCGUUGGUCCCAGAGCUUGAGCCAAGAUCCCCAGAGCUGCGUGUGAGAUGGUCUUCAGACAUGGGUCGCUGUGUGGACGCCUCGCCACUGCUGGUAGUGGUGCAGGACAGGGAGGCCGGAGGAACUGGGUCAAAAAAAGCUACGGUGUUCAUCGGCUCCCACUCUCACCGCAUGCAGGCCCUGGACCUGACCACCGGGGGGCUUCUGUGGGAGCGCGUGCUGGGAGACAGGAUAGAGUCGUCAGCCGUGGUGAUGCGCUGCGGGACCCAGCUGGCAGUAGGUUGCUACGAUGGUGCUGUGUACUUUCUGUGUGUGGCGUCAGGGGCGAGUCGGUGGGUGUUUGAGACGGGUGAUGCCGUGAAAAGCAGCCCUGCGGUGGACCCCGCCACUGGCUUGGUUAUCGUAGGUUCUCAUGAUGGCCAUCUCUAUGCCUUGGACCCGCAGGCGCAAAAGUGUGUAUGGAAGUAUCACUGUGGUGGGGGGGCAGUUUUCUCGUCUCCAUACCUCGAGCCAACCCGGAGGCGCCUUUACGCCGCAUCUUUGAGGGGUCACUUUGUGUGUCUCUACCCUGACAGCGGAGAGGUGAUGUGGACAUACAACCGAGAGACUCCCUUCUUCUCCUCUCCCUCUGGCUCUCCUGGCUGUGUGGUUAUUGGCUCUGUGGACGGAAACAUCUGCUUCUUCAGCGACACAGGGCAACUGCUGUGGCAGUUUCUGGCCAAAGGAGCGGUGUUCUCGACGCCUUGCUUCACACCCGACAGGCAGAGGGUGCUGUGCGGCGCACACGACGGUUACGUGUACUGCUUGGAGACCGCCGGUGGCUCCCUGGUCUGGAGCUUCCAGACGUCGGGCCGGGUUUAUGCCAGCCCAUUUGCCUUUGAGAGCCGAUCCGCCUUGGGCAGAGAGCAGGUUCUGGUGGGAGUGGCCUCAACUGACGGCAUGCUUUGGAUCCUAGACGAAAGGGACGGAUGCAAGAUCGCUUCUCUCAGUCUCCCCGGAGAGCUGUUUUCCUCGCCCGUGGUGUGGGAGCGCACCCUUUUGGUGGGUUGUCGAAACGACAUGGUGUACUGCGUAGAUCUGACGAACCCGCCGAACAAAGAGGAGCUGGAAGGACACGCCCACAUGGAAACACUUCCAGGGACAGGAGAUGCAUAGCAACGUUAAUACCCACAAAUAAAGGAUCCAUCUACAACCAUGGGGACCACAAUGGCUACAAAAAAAAGGAAGUAAUUUGGAUUGGCUUUUGCAACGGAAGCCAUUGUUGGUAUUGCCAGUGGAUUUUUGUCGUUCUUAAAUCCGAGGUGCUCAGAGCUGAGAGCAAACAUCAAACUGACAUGUUUCUUCUAGUGACUUACUUUUUCCUUUCUAUUUUCAUUUGACUAUAUAGUAAGUGCAUGCUUGCAAUACUAAUGGUUAGUAUAAAAGUCAGAUUUUGUUUUUAUCUUCUCGUAUAUUUCACGGUAAAUCACACUUUAUCUUGAUUAAUAUACCAACCAUUGAAUGUUUUUUUUGUGUAUGUUUUUCUUGUUGGUUUUACACGGUCAGGUGGUGGGACGUUGAGUAGGACCUGGAGCUAAACUGCAAUGAAGGGGAUAUUCUUGACACAGUCGGUGGGCAGUGUGCAGUGUGGGCUACUUGAUGAUCUGAGGGCAGUCACUCCAGGCUUUGGCCUUGCGCUUGGCAAGAGCCAGCCAGGCCGGCUCUGUGCACACCUGGGGAGAGUCACUGGAAGAGAAGCGCUUGGACACCUCCUUCACAGCAGGGGGCAACGAUGUUGAGUCUGCAAUCUCGACUACACCGCAAAAAUGAAAAGCAUAGACCAUAGCGUCCGAUGGUUAAGUGACGAGCUUCUUUGGAAGACAAAUGGAAUAAUGCAAUACUAAACAGCGUAAGGCAUCAACGUAUACCGAGGUGUCACUUGUAAUACGAUAACACGAUAACAGAAUGGGUCUGCUACUUUUUUUUGCAAUUUAAUGUGAAUGACGAAUACUACGUUGUAGUUUCUUCUUGAAGUGUGUAUUACGACAGAUACUUUGUCAUUUGAACUUUAACUUUAAAUAAAUCCAACUUCUGUGUGAGCGUCAUAA